GGCCCUCUGACGUAUUAGUGUCGCGCCUCAAUAACACAAGGCGAUUGACCGACUUUUGGGUCAGGUUUAGGUUUUGGUGGAGAAUAACAAUGGCUUUACGGGUGAUGCGGCUGGUCAUCCCCCAGGGUGCUGUGGGUUACCACGCUGGGAAGACUGUACAGACGGCUGGGAUCCACACAGGCUCAGUGAAGAACCUGCGGUAUGGCUGGUGGGCGUAUGCUCUGGGUGAGAGGACAACCCCAAGAUUCAAGGAGAACAGCAAGAUCAUCUCCAUUGAUGGAAACCUGGCAUCAGGAAAGAGUGCACUGGCACAGAAGCUGGCAGACAAACUUGGGAUGUUGUACAUGCCCGAGCCCGACACCCACUACUUGGACAAGAUGACAGAAGAGAAGGUGUCUCUUCCUUCGCGGUUUAAUGGCAGCUGCAGCCUGGAGAAGUUCUACCUGGACCCCAAAGCCUCGGACGGGAACUCCUACCGUCUGCAGUACUGGAUGUACAUCAUGAGGCUGCUGCAGUACUCCAAUGCCUUGGAGCACCUCAUCACCACCGGCCAGGGAGUGGUUCUGGAACGUUCUCCCUUCAGUGACAUGGUGUUUGUGGAAGCCAUGUUCAAGCAGGGCUACAUCAGAAAGCAGUGUGUGGAACACUACAACGAGAUCAAAGGGAUCAGCAUCUGUGAGUUCCUGCCUCCUCACCUGGUCAUCUACGUUGACUCGCCAGCAGAGGAAGUGCAGAAGAAGCUGAAACAGUCAGGCAAGUCAUAUCUUCAAAAUGUACCUUUGGCCUAUCUGAAGAGCAUUGAGGAUGCUUACAAGAAGACCUUCCUUCCUAAGAUGAGUGAGAGUGCAGAGCUGCUUGCAUAUGACACAACCCAGAUCCAAGACAUUGAGAGGGUAGCAGAAGACAUUGACGUCUUAAAGUUUGAUAAAGGACCAUGGAUGGAGCAGGACGAUGUCACUUUCCACUACACCAGGAUGCUGGUGGAGGACAAGCAGCUGGUGGGGGACCUGGCCUGCAUACCCCGCUUCCUGCCUGAGGUCACCAUCGGAGCCCACGAGUUUGAUGCCAAUUACUAUGAAUACAAAUCGAUUCCUGGAAAGAAGUACGCACCCGGGUUUAAUGCUGACGUAGGAGACAAGAACAUCUGGUUGAAGUGAAUGAGGGAAUGGUGUAGGGGAAGCCUGGCUGGUGACUCACCUCCUCCUCCCAGCUUUCCUCCCUUGCUCCAGCUGCCCUGUGGGGGAGGAGUCUAUGAUGGGCUCAUCCAAUCAGCAGCUUGUAGUCGGUGAUCUGACAGCGUCUAUCUGGGAGAGGUUUUAUGUCUUGUAUAACGUGUAUGUAAUAAAACAAAUUUAAUUUAAAACUA